AUGACAUCGAAUGAAAAUCCAAUUGAUAAUAAAUUUACUUCAUCACAAUUAUCUUUACAAAAUCUUUAUUAUCGAUAUCCAAUAACUUUUUUUUCAUUUUCUGAUUUAUAUACAUAUGAAAUUAUUAUUUUAUUUAUCUAUGGUAUAAUGGUUAUAUUUUCAUUUUUUACAAAUUCUAUAGCAAUAAUUAUAUUUUUUUUUGGUCGUCGUUCACGUUCAGAAUUAACACCAUUUUUAUUAAAUUUAUCUGUAUUUAAUAUUAUAAUGACUGUCUAUUGUAUACCAUUUACAAUAACAUCAAUUAUAUUUCAACGUUGGUUAUAUGCAAGUGCAUUAUGUGUUGUACUUGAUGGUUUUAAAACAUUUUCUGUAUCAGGUGUUCUUUUAACAUUAAUAACCAUAGCUAUAGAUCGUUAUUGUGUUGUUAAACAUCCAUUAACAAUUAAAAUAUAUUCACCAAAAAAACGUAAUCUAAUUGCAAUAUUAAUUAUAUGGAUAUUAAGUAUAACUUUAGCUCUAAUAUGGUCACCUGCACGUUCAUUACCAACACAUGAAAAACGUUUAUGGGUUAGUUCACGUACAUUAUUAGAUAAUUAUUUAAAUACAUUAGAUAAUACAACCAAUACAAUAAAAUCAACUUAUUAUUUAGAACAAAUUCAUUAUGAAAUAAUUAAUACAGUACAAUGUUUACCAAAUAAAAGUACACGACCAGUUGAAGUUCAAAGAACAAUAUUAAAUUUUUUACAAACAUAUUUUUUUCCAUUAUUUAUAUUAGCUUUUGUUUAUUUACGUAUAGCUGUUAUAUUAUGGCAACGACGGAAUGAUGUAAAUUAUGAUCUUCAUAAUUCUGGAAGUAAAAAUUUAUUUACAAAUGAAAGUAUUCAAUUUAGAAAAAAAUUGAAACAAGGUAUAAAAAUGUUAAUUGCUGUUGUUGUGCUUUAUGCAAUACUUUGGUUACCAAUGAAUGUAUUUCAAUUAUGUUUAAAUAUAAUUUGUUAUCAAGGAACAAAAUAUCAAACAUUUUGUAGUCAUCCAACUUUAAUUAAACUUCUUUAUAUAGCUGCUCAUUUUUUAACAAUAUCAAAUACAGCAAUUAAUCCAAUUAUAUAUGGAUUUACUAAUAAUCGAUUUCGAAGUGAUAUUCGACAAUUGGGUCGUCGUCUUAUUCAUUGUCAAGGACGAACACCUAUUUAUUUUCAAGCACGAUUUGCAAAAAAUCAUCCACAAGAACUUGUCGAUUAUUUUCAUAAUGCAAAACAAGGUCCAACACCAAUAAAUCCUCAAAUAUGUAGAAAAUUAAAUACAAAACGACCAGUAUCUUUAACAGAUCAAAACACAUUAUAUAGAACAAAAUAUACAAAUAGUUUAUUAGGCAACGAUCAUUUGAUUACUAAAGCUCGUCAUACAACUUAA